UUGAAAAUUGAAAGCAAAUAUCAAAAGAUUAAUGUUUUUUGUUCUUACUCCUUCAACAAACUCAGCUCAAACAACAUAUCAAGAAACACACUAAAAAAACAAGGAAACAUGGAUGACAAGCGACUCAACGAACUCCUCAAAUGGAGUAUUGAGCAAUCAGAUGCCACCAGAAAUGAUCCUGAUGCUCCAGCUCCCACCACACAACUCACCCCAGAACUCAUGGCAUCGCUCAUGGGCGGUCCCUCUGACGCCGACCUGAUGAAGGCCUCUAUGGACAUAAUCACAUCGGACGAUGCUGAGCAGGUCUCUCUUGACGACAAACUCAUUGCCUUUGACAACUUUGAGCAGCUUAUUGAGGGUCUCGACAAUGCAAACAAUAUCGCAAAUCUCAGCUUGUGGACCCCACUACUCGACCAGCUCAAGCAUGACGAGCGAGAGAUGCGCAAGAUGGCAGCCUGGUGUGUGGGAACCGCUGUACAGAACAACGAGCGCACCCAGGAGCGUUUGCUCGCUAUGGGGGGACUUCCGCUACUUGUAAACCUAGCGACCCAAGAGGAUGAGCAUAACGACGUUCGUCGCAAGGCUGUGUAUGCGCUGAGCUCAGCGGUGCGCAACUACCAACCAGCGAUGGACCUCUUUGCCGAUGAGUUGACCAAGAGGGGUCACAAGACUGACAAGGUCGAUGCCACAAGCAUGGAGGCUGUCGACGAGGUGGUCAACGGAUUACGCGAGAAGAUCGGCAAGGCUUGAGAAACUUUGGUGGGAACAAACAUCAAAACAUAACGAACGGCUGCAUUGGGACGGAGUUGGGCGUUGGACUGAAGCACAGGGCGUGGGGUCAAGAGAGAUGAAGAAACCGGAGGGUAAUAAAAAUAGAAUGGUAUAGGCAAUUCGCCCU